CAACCUCAUUCAACAAGCAGAUUGUAGGUAAAUUAGGUGUUGCAAUCAUGAUUCUCGAUCAGAUCGUUUGGGUAGACAUAAUCGUUUUCCUCGUCUUCCUUGCACCACGCCUGAUCAUCGAUGUUGGUCUUGUGAACACAGCGAUAUGUGGCAUCAAAGCCUUGCCAUUUUUGGCAUUACGAAUGCCAUUGCAAUUGAUCUUCGAGCGCUACUUCACGUCUGCGCCCAAACAGUCCCCCUUCGUUCAGCGCGCCACGCUGUUUCAAGAUUUUGUCAUUCGUUGUGUCCGAUACGCCUUUGCAGAUAUUCCUGCAUCGAUUGGCAAGGUCUUCUUCUCGAAGCAUGUGGCAUUGCCGUUCAUGAGAUUUCGUAUGCUUCGCAACGGUUUCUUUCGCAGUCCGGUGCAUUGGCAUGAGGUCGACGAGAAUGGAGUUAAAGGCGUUUUCGCGACAUACGACAACACUCAGAAGCCAGAUAUUCUCGUAUAUUACUGUCAUGGUGGCGGCUUCUCGAUGGGAUCGGCUUAUUUCUACCUCGAGUUUCUCUUGGCGUGGAUCGGCUUCCUCAAAGACGCAGGCUACCAAAAUCCAGCGGUGUUCGCCCUCGAGUACACACUCGUUCCCGAAGCAACAUAUCCCACACAGCUGCAAGAAACGCUCGCAGGAUAUAAGCAUUGUCUAACGCUUGCAGAGGACCCAUCCCGAAUCUGUGUUGGUGGCGAUUCUGCUGGCGCGACGUUGAUCCUGAGUUUGCUAUUAUGUCUGUCGGAUUAUUCCUCACUAAAGAAAAAGCUGCCCGGGUUGGCCAUCAUUAUCUCGCCAUGGGCAACGAUCAUCUCAGAGAAGAACAAGAACACCGCCUCAGAUUAUUUGAACGAGGAUAGCUUACGCCUUUAUGGCAGCCAGUAUAUUGGCAAAUCUGGUUCGGCCAAAGACGCUUUGGUGUCACCCGGCACUUGCAAGGACAUCAGCUGGUGGAAACGAGCCUCGCCGAGUCAGGGUUGGUUCUUUCUGUAUGGCGCUGAAGAAGUGUUUCAGCCCGAGACUGAGGACUUGAUCUCUUUGUUGAAAAAGACCGGCGUAAAAGUGAGCGAGUAUGAAGAGGAAGGAUGGAUUCAUGCAUGGCCUGUUGUGAAGCUCUUCCUGAGCAACAAGCAGGAGGAUCGGCAAGCAGGACUGAGAAGGAUUGUGGAUGUCACGGCUGAUCGAAUUUCCCGUCGGAAAAAUCAAUAGACGGUUGCACUUGGUACCACCAAUGGCUGCAUUUGGCGAGGCUCGGUCGCAUUGAAGGGACUUGAAUGGUAGAUGAAGUUUGUCAACAUAGAGAGACCCUGUCACAGCACGUCGAGCUAGGCUGUACAGAUGACUACAAACUAAAUUGUGAACGGGCGCUCGUGGAGAAUUGCUUUAAGAACAAAUUUGGCAAGAGAUGUGCUUGAUCGUCUGUAUAGCAACGGGCU